ACCUCAAAAUGCAGCCCACUGCUACCAUGGCCACAGCUGCCACCACCUCCACCACAGCCACCCUGACCAUGACGUGGGAAAACACCACAAGCCACCCCACUGCAGAGCCCGACCCCAUCUUGGACAACUACAUGAUGCUAGUGGUGGUAAUGUCACUCUUCGUUGGGGGGACCCUCGUGGUGCUGUCUGGUGUGUUGCUCCUGUGCAGGCGCUGCUGGGAAGUCCAUCGGAACUUCAACAGAGCUACAGAGGAGUUAGAGAAGACCACCACUACCUACUUGGACAAUGGCACCCACCCUGUCCAAGACCCCGAAUUGAGGGGGGAGGACCUCGAGGGCCAGGAUGCAGAGACCGAGCGCUUCCUGUCCACCAGCUCCACCGGCCGCCGUGUGUCCUUCAAUGAGGCAGCCCUGUUUGAGCAGAGCCGGAAGACACAAGACAAGGGCCGAAGGUAUACCCUGACAGAGGGGGAUUUCCAUCACCUGAAGAAUGCCCGUCUCACCCACCUGCACCUGCCGCCCCUUAAGAUUGUCACCAUCCACGAGUGUGACUCCAGUGAGGCUAGUGCAACUGCCAUGCCUCACCCCACAGCCCCUCCCAAGGCCAGCCUUGCCAUAUUCCAGCCCCCGGGGAAGGCCCUCACUGGCCGCUCCGUGGGCCCCAGCUCCGCCCUGCCAGGUGACCCCUACAACCCUGCCACGGGCCCUGCUGACUUCGAGAUCAGCCCCUCCGCAUCCAGCGACUCUGGGGAAGGCAUCUCGCUGGAUGUGGGUGCCAGGAACACCAAGGCUGGUGGGCCUGGGGCUUCUGUGGGGCCCCAGGAGGCAGGCCCAGGCUCUGGGGCAGGCCCCGUCCUGCAGUUCUUCACCCGCCUGAGGCGCCAUGCCAGCUUGGAUGGGGCCAGCCCCUACUUCAAGGUCAAGAAAUGGAAGCUGGAGCCCAGCCAGCGGGCAUCAAGCCUGGACACAAGAGGCUCCCCCAAGCGGCACCACUUCCAGCGGCAGCGAGCAGCCAGCGAGAGCAUGGAGCAGGAGGAGGGGGACACACCCCACAUGGACUUCAUUCAGUACAUUGCCAGCACAGGCGCUGCCUUGACCUUCCCGCCCCCCUGCCCCUUUCUGGCCAGCCCCACCAGCCCGUCCCCCGCUCUCGGCAGGUAUUUUUCAGUAGAUAAAAGUGCUAGGGGUGGGCCUGUGGGCCCCUUCCCUACCCCAUCACCCUAGCCGAGGGAGUGCUUUCCCGGUCCUGUCUGCAGGACAGAGAGGCAGUCAAAUUCCUCCAGCACCACUGCCCCUCCUGGAGUCUGCCUCACUGGGGCCACGUCUCCAGCAUGGACCGGAGGAGGGGAGCAGGGGGAGACUGGGUAA